CGGAGGCAGAGCCUCGAGCGGUCAUCUCUCCGCCCCUUCCUAAAGGCGCGUGGGGCUGCUGGCGCCGCUUGAUGACGUCACGGCCAUUGACAGUGAGAGGCCGCGGCCGUGGCUGCUGUCCCCGUGGUUUCGAGCGGUCAGUGGCUCACGUGGGCUGCAGAUGAAGCAUGUCUAGACUGGGGGUCUUGGGCGGCGCCCAGGCCGGGUUGGGACUGUUGCUGGGCACCGCCGCGGGCCUUGGAUUCCUGUGUGCCCUUUACAGCCAGCGGUGGAGACGGACCCAGCGCCACGGCCACAGCCACAGCCAGAGCCUAUCUAACUCCUUGGACUACACACAGACCUCAGAGCCCGGACGCCAGGUGAGGCCUUUGUGGGCAGUCCCAGGCGAGGCUGGAGAUGGUGCAGUGCUGCCCAGCCUUCCACGUGAAGGGCAGGAGGAGGUGCUGGACCGCCUGGACUUUGUGCUCAGCAGCCUGGCGGCCCUGCGGCGGGAAGUGGAGGAGCUGAGGAGCAGCCUGCAGGGGCUUGCCGGGCAGAUUGUUGGGGAGGUCCGAUCCCACAUGGAAGAGAGCCAGAGAGUGGCUCGGCGGCGGAGAUUCCCUUUUGCCCGAGAGAGGAGUGACUCUACUGGCUCCAGCUCUGUCUACUUCACAGCCACCUCAGGAGCCACGUUCACAGAUGCUGAGAGCGAAGGCGGGUAUACAACGGCCAACGCUGAGUCAGACUACGAGCAUGACUCUGACAGGGAAAGUGAUGACGGGGAAGACGAAGUGAGCUGUGAGACUGUGAAGAUGGGAAGAAAGGAUUCUCUGGACCUGGAGGUGGAGGUGGAGGUGGCUUCAGGCCCAGCGGUCAGAGUCCUGGAGGCUGGAGGCUCCCCUGGCCUGGAGGAUGUGCUGCCCCUCCUGCAGCAGGCCGAUGAGUUACACCAGGGCAAUGAGCAGGGCAAGCGGGAGGGUUUCCAGCUGCUGCUCAACAACAAGCUGGCGUAUGGAAAUCGGCAGGAUUUUCUCUGGCGUCUGGCCCGGGCCUACAGUGACAUGUGUGAGCUCACUGAGGAGGUGAGCGAGAAGAAGUCAUAUGCCCUAAAUGGAAAAGAAGAGGCAGAGGCUGCUCUGGAGAAGGGGGAUGAGAAUGCUGAAUGUCACCAGUGGUAUGCAGUGCUUUGUGGUCAGCUGGCUGAGCAUGAGAGCAUCCAGAGGCGCAUCCAGAGUGGCUUUAGCUUCAAGGAGCAUGUGGACAAAGCCAUUGCUCUCCAGCCAGAAAACCCUAUGGCUCACUUUCUUCUUGGCAGGUGGUGCUACCAGGUCUCUCACCUGAGCUGGCUAGAGAAAAAAACUGCUACAGCCUUGUUCGAAAGCCCUCUCAGUGCCACUGUGCAGGAUGCCCUCCAGAGCUUCCUAAAGGCUGAAGAACUACAGCCAGGAUUUUCCAAAGCAGGGAGGGUAUAUAUUUCCAAGUGCUACAGAGAACUAGGAAAAAACUCUGAAGCUAGACAGUGGAUGAAGUUAGCCCUGGAGCUGCCAGAUGUCACCAAUGAGGAUUCAGCUUUCCAGAAAGACUUGGAAGAAUUGGAAGUAAUUUUAAGAGAAUAAUCAUAUUUCAGUGGCCUUCAUGACUUGAGGAAGACUGCCCUGCUUAUUAGAUCAGGAAUCUAAGACUGCUUAA